AAUGAUUGUUUGUUGCACAAAGUUAAUUGCUUAGAAUGUACACUUGACACCAUUGACGCUUUAUAUUUUUUGUUUGAAUUCCAAUACAAGGCAACGGAAUGUAUGGUCUUUGUAUUGGUCGUUUUCCAACACGCGAUGAAUCACUGGUAUUUAGGGACUAACUAUACGCGGUCAUACCGCCGGCGCCUCGUUCGCAGAAACGAUACGUAUUAAAUAAACCAAUACCGAAUUUGAGGCACCACGUGCAGCAAAAGACAAAUAAACGGCGCAAUUGUCUCGCGAGUGUCUCAGAUAACGGUAGAUUGAGCGCCCUUCGCGAAUCAGAUCCGGAGGAAUUCGUGAUCCCAAUAUUCCAAGAGAUUCCAGACGUUAAAAGAUGAAAUACAUCCUGGUCACUGGCGGCGUCAUCAGCGGCGUGGGAAAAGGCGUGAUUGCCUCCUCGUUCGGGACCCUGCUGAAGUCCUGUGGUCUCGAUGUUACCUCGAUAAAGAUUGACCCCUACAUCAAUAUUGAUGCUGGAACCUUUUCGCCGUACGAGCAUGGCGAGGUUUAUGUUUUGGAUGAUGGCGCCGAGGUUGAUUUGGAUCUGGGAAACUACGAACGCUUUCUGGAUGUCACUUUGCAUCGGGACAACAAUAUAACCACGGGCAAGAUCUACAAGUUGGUCAUUGAAAAGGAGCGCACUGGCGAGUAUUUGGGCAAAACAGUUCAAGUUGUUCCACACAUUACGGAUGCCAUUCAGGAAUGGGUGGAGCGUGUGGCCCAGACACCUGUACAGGGCUCCUCGAAGCCACAGGUGUGCAUUGUGGAAUUGGGAGGAACGAUCGGCGAUAUCGAGGGCAUGCCUUUUGUGGAGGCCUUCCGUCAGUUCCAGUUCCGCGUGAAACGUGAGAACUUCUGUUUGGCUCACGUGUCGCUGGUUCCGUUGCCGAAGGCCACCGGUGAACCCAAGACAAAGCCCACUCAAAGUUCGGUUAGGGAACUUAGAGGUUGCGGCCUGAGUCCCGAUUUGAUUGUCUGUCGAUCUGAGAAACCCAUUGGCCUGGAGGUCAAGGAGAAGAUCAGCAACUUUUGUCACGUGGGUCCGGAUCAGGUGAUCUGCAUACACGAUUUGAACUCCAUUUAUCAUGUGCCGCUGCUAAUGGAGCAGAACGGAGUGAUCGAAUACCUUAACGAGCGACUGCAGCUUAAUAUUGACAUGAGCAAGAGGACCAAAUGUCUGCAGCAGUGGCGCGAUUUGGCACGUCGCACAGAGACUGUUCGCCGUGAAGUUUGCAUUGCCGUCGUGGGCAAGUACACCAAGUUUACGGACUCGUACGCCUCGGUGGUGAAGGCUCUGCAACAUGCCGCCCUGGCUGUAAAUCGCAAACUGGAGCUGGUAUUCAUCGAAUCGUGCCAGCUGGAAGAGGAGACUCUGCAAACGGAGCCAAGCAAAUACCACAAGGAGUGGCAGAAGCUGUGCGAAAGCGAUGGCAUCCUGGUGCCCGGUGGUUUUGGUUCCCGCGGCAUGGAGGGCAAGAUCCGAGCAUGCCAAUGGGCACGAGAGAAUCGCAAGCCGUUGCUUGGCAUCUGUUUGGGUCUGCAAGCGGCGGUUAUUGAAUUCGCUCGCAGUAAAUUGGGUCUUAAGGAUGCCAACACCACGGAAAUCGAUCCGAAUACCGGAAAUGCUUUGGUUAUUGAUAUGCCGGAGCAUCAUACUGGACAAUUGGGAGGGACUAUGCGUUUGGGCAAACGAACUACGGUUUUCGCAGAUGGACCCAGUGUCAUUCGUCAGUUGUAUGGAAAUCCGAAAACAGUUGAGGAGCGUCAUCGACAUCGUUACGAGGUCAAUCCCAAAUAUGUACCUCGACUGGAAGAGCAGGGAAUGCGCUUCGUGGGCACCGACGAGGACAAAACCAGGAUGGAAAUCAUUGAGCUAAGCGGUCAUCCGUAUUUCGUGGCCACGCAAUAUCAUCCGGAGUACUUGUCGCGACCACUGAAGCCAUCGCCACCGUUUCUUGGACUGAUUCUCGCCUCCGUGGAUCGGUUGUCGCAAUAUAUCCAGCGCGGAUGCCGCCUGUCGCCCCGUCAACUGUCCGACGCCUCUUCGGAUGAGGAGGAAAGUGUCGUAAAAGGAUUGGCGGGCGCUACGAAAUCGCUGAGGUCACUGAAGAUCCCCAGCACACCCAAGAACGGAAUUUCGAAUGGCUGCAAUGGUAGCUCCAGCACGUCCGAUGGCGAAGGUGCCUGUGGAGGUGUUGAUCUGACCAAUGGCCACCAGUGAAGUUGUAAACGGAUAUGGGAUCAAUCAUGCUUCUUUAAUUUUAAAUCCAUACCGUUUGCGAUAUGACUAAGUGUGUAAAAUAGGCUGGUGUCGAUUAAAACAUUUUAAUGUUUUAUUGAAGUGGCAUAAAGUAAUCCACAAACAAUUACAACUUUUCUUUAGUUAGCAUAAGUAAAAAAUAAUUUAAAUCUCUUUUUAGAAGGAUAACAUAUGUACUUCAGGGUUUGAUUUUGAUGUAUAUUUUAUAAUAUAUAAUAUAUUGUUUGAAAACAAACUGUUUCUUCAUGUGCGAGUAAAGAGAAUUCAUAUUUAUAAA